AUGGUAGUUGUGGUUGCAGUACAUAUCAAAUUGAUAGUUAGUUAUCUUGAAGAUAACAUAGAUAGAAUAUGUGUCAGUUUAGUUUGUAAAAGAUGGUUCGAUGAAAGCGAUAAAUAUCUAUAUUUUAAUACCGAUAAUAUUGGAAUAAUUCAAAAUCAAGAGGAGGAUGGGGCUGAUGAAGAUUCUGAUGGAAUAUUUACACUAGAAUCAUAUCGAUCAUUAAUAAUGAGAUCACUCGAACAAAAGAGUAAUUGUACUCUAUCUAUAGGAAGAUCUUUUUACCAAACAGACUAUACUGUUGACCCAUCUACGAAUAUUGACGAAACAACAGAUAUAAUUACGGCGAAUAUCACAACAGUUAGUAGUAAUUUUCAAGUACUUAAUGAAAAGUAUACAAAGAAUCUCUAUCGAAUGAUAUCGAAUUCAAAUGUAGAUACACUAAAACGAAUUUCUAAUCUAUCGUGUGUAUUACCUGUAAAUUUGACAUCGAUAUCUUUUGGUGAGACAUUCAAUGUUCCAUUGUUGGCAGGUUAUCUUCCACCAAAUCUAAAGAAACUUAAAUUCGAAUGCAAUCCAGAUUUUAAUCAAGCUAUCUCAGCAGGUGUUCUUCCAAAUACAUUGAAGAAACUAAAAUUUGGUGAAGUUUUCAAUAAGCGAUUAGAACCUAAUGUAUUACCAUCAUCUUUAACAUAUCUAGAGUUGGGAUAUUAUUAUGAUCAAACACUUCAAGUUGGAUCACUUCCUCCAAAUCUUAGAGUUCUUAUUCAUAAGGGUGAAAGUAAGAUAUCAUCAAAUGGAGUAUUACCACAAUCACUUUGCACCUUAAGGUCACAUAUCUCAUGGUUACCAUUCAUCAAAUCACUGAACAAUCUCACCACACUGACGAUCUUUAAUACUGAUGAAACGAUUAUAACAUUAAACUUGUCAGAUCUACCAGCAUCUCUCACAAGUUUAGAUGUUAAUGGACCAUGUCGUCUCAAGUCAACUCUGUCACCUUCAAUCAGAUACCUAGAUAUAUUCUUAACACAAUAUGAUAUCGAUGAGAUAUUCAAAGAUCGAUCACAAUAUCAUCUUGAAAGACUCUGUGUAGAGGGAACCAAACAAGAAUCACUUGACAAUCUGAAGAUCAAGGAAUUACAACUGAAUUUUGCCAAAAAUAAAUCUAUUAUCAGAGAUAUUCCAUUCGGUGUGGAAACUCUAUAUUUUGGAUACAAUAAUUUUCACCUGUAUAAAAACAUUCCAAACGGGAUUCCAUCAUCAGUGAAGAAGCUCAUAUUCCAAUACUAUGUAACGAUCAGUGAACUUGCUUUCGAAAUCCCAAACACGGUUGAAGAAGUAGUGAUACAAGGAUAUUUUAAUUUAGAUCAAUUCUCAAAUAUUGAUAGUCAUGAUCAUCCCUCUAAUAGUGAACCAAACAAAGAUACACCACUAUAUAAUAUCAAGUGUUUAUUUUCAUUAGAAUCAUAUCGAUCAUUAAUACUCAGAUCAUUCAAUCAAAAGAGUAACUGUACUAUGACAUAUGGUAGAUGUUUUUACCUAGCAGACUAUUCAGUAAAUCCAUGUAAGCAUUAUAGAAUACCAAGUUUAUCUUGUGUUUUACCUGUAAAUUUGGCAUCGAUUACAUUUACAUUUGAAUUCAAUGAAGAAUUGUUGGCAGGUUUUCUUCCACCGAAACUAGAGGAACUAAAAUUAGAAUCGAGUCCAAGAUUUAAUCAACAAAUCUCAGCAGGUGUUCUUCCAAAUACAUUGAAGAAACUAAUAUUUGGUGAAUUCUACAAUCAAGCCCUUGAACCUCAUGUAUUACCAUCAUCUUUAACAUAUUUAGAAUUGGGGUCUCAUUAUAAUCAUCCACUUCAAGUUGGAUCACUUCCUCCAAAUCUUAGAGUUCUUAUUCACUAUGGUAAUAGUAAGAUAUCAUCCGAUGGAGUAUUACCACAAUCACUUCGCACUUUAACGACAUCAGAAUCUUGGAUUCCAUUCAUCAAAUCACUGAACAAUCUCACAACUCUGACACUCUUUCCAAAUGAUGAUAAUCUUAGUACAUUAGACCUGUCAGAUCUACCAGGUUCUCUCACAAGUUUAGAUAUCGGUGAUUCAUUUGAUCAUCUCAUAUCAUCUCUAUCACCUUCAAUCAGAUAUCUUGAUAUACAUCUUACUGAUUAUGAUAUUGAUGAGAUAUUCGAAGAUCGAUCACAAUAUCAUUUCGAAACACUAUGUGUAGAGGGAAUCAAACAAGAAUCACUUGACAAUCUGAAGAUCAAAGAGUUCCAAUUGGAAUUUGAGAAUAGCGGGUCGACUUUCAGAGAUAUUCCAUUCGGAGAGGAAACUUUAAAUAUUGGAAAUGGAGAUAAAUUCAAAAUAGAGAUUCCAUCAUCAGUGAAAAAGAUUAUUUUCCAAUACAGUUCGACCUUCAAUGAAUUUAUUUUCCAAAUUCCAAACACUGUUGAAGAAGUUAUUUAUGAAUCACACUAUCUCAUUUUUGGUCAAUCCGAUAACCAUUUCAGUGCUGCAAUUUUAUCCGUACAUUUAUUAUUAUUCAUGAUUGUUAAUUUAUCACAUAUAUUGUUAUUAAAGAUAGUUAAUUAUCUUGAAGAUAAUUUAGAUAAAAUAUGUGUCAGUUUAGUUUGUAAAAGAUGGUUCAAUGAAAGAGAUAAAUAUCUAUAUUUUAAUACUGAUCAUAUAAAUAUCAAUCUUUGUAAAGAUAUUGCUAGCAGUGGAGAGCUGGACGAAGAUGAAGAAGAAGUUAGUUAUGAUCACUCUAAUAAUGAAUCAAACAAAGAUGCACCACUAUAUAAUAUAAAGUGUUUAUUUACAUUAAAAUCAUAUCGAUCAUCAAUACUUAGAUCACUCAAUCAAAAGGGUAAUUGUACUCUGACAUAUGGUAGAUGUUUUUAUCAAACAGACUAUUCAGUAAACCCAUCUAUAUACCGUGAGGAUAAAAUGUUUAGAAUUACACCAAAUAUCACUAAAGUAAUGAUAAGUGAUAAACUUGAUAAUAAUUAUCUAAAGGAAAUCUAUGAAAUGAUAUCGAAUUCAAAUGUCUCCACACUAAAAGGAAUAUCGAGUUUAUCUUGUGUAUUACCUGUCAAUUUAACAUCGAUAUCAUUUGAUCAUAGAUUCGAAGAACCAUUGUUGGCUGGUUAUCUUCCACCAAAUCUAAAGAAACUAAAAUUCGAAUGGAAUCCAAAUUUCAAUCAGCCAAUCAAAGCAGGUGUUUUUCCCAAUACAUUGGAGAAACUGGUAUUUGGUGAAAGUUUCAAUCAACGACUUGAACCUAAUGUAUUACCAUCAUCUUUAACAUAUUUAGAAUUGGGAUAUGAUUAUUCUCAAACACUUCAAGUUGGAUCACUUCCUCCAAAUCUUAGAGUUCUUAUUAUCUAUGGUAAUAGUAAGAUAUCAUCCGAUGGAGUAUUACCACAGUCACUUAGUACUUUAGAGUCACCUUUAACAUGGAUUCCAUUCAUCAAAUCGCUUAAUAAUCUCACAACUCUAAUGCUCUUUCAAAGUGAUGAUUCGAUUAACACAAUUGACUUGUCAGAUCUACCAAGUUCUCUCACAAGCUUAGAAAUUCUCGAUUCAUGUAAUCUCAAGUCAUCUCUAUCACCUUCAAUCAGAUAUCUUGGUAUUCAUCUUACUGAAUUUGAUAUCGAUGAGAUAUUCAAAGAUCGAUCACAAUAUCAUUUCGAAAGACUAUGUUUAGAUGGAUCCAAAGAAGAAUCACUAGAAAAUUUGAAGAUCAAAGAAUUGCAACUACGAUUUGACAGACAAGAAGCUAUUAAGAAACAUAUUCCAUUUGGUGUGGAAACUUUAUAUUUGGGACAUUAUGAAUUAGACUAUGGAGCAGAAAUAAUCAAAAUAGAGAUUCCACCAUCAGUGAAGGAGAUCAUAUUCCAAUACAAUUCGACAAUCACUCAACUAGACUUUGACAUUCCAAACACUGUUGAGGAAAUUGCAGUACAAAACUAUAUCAAUAGUUAUCCGUUAUCAAGAGGAUGGAUUCCAAACUCUGUAAAAUCACUUACUGUUCCUUCUGAAAUGAUACUGGAUAUAUUGCAGUUUGACACACUUCGAUCAGUGACCAACUUGUGUAUUAUAAGAGAUCGAGAUAAAUGGCCAUUUAAUCUCGAUGUUCGAAAGAUUUAUGACAAUCAAUAUCUCAUUUUCGGUAGAUCCAAUAAUAAUUUCAGUGCUGGAAUGGUAUCCGGUAAUUUAUCUCCAUUCAUGAACAUUGCCCUUCAUGAUAAUAGUGCUAAACAAAAUCAAUUAUAA